CCAACUCUCUUUUAACUCACUCUCUCAAAGGCCGAAGCUUUUCAUUGUCUCCCUUCUUUUCUCUCUCUCUCUCCACACAUAUUAGGGAGAGGGAACUCUCACAAUUUGCCCUUUUUUUCUCUCUCAAUAGUCCAUGGAUGAGCGUAGUGACUGAUUUCUUUACGCCCCACUGCAACAGUACACUCUCAAAGCUCUGAUCUUUUGAAGCCAGAGUCUGAAUCUUUUGUGGGUUCUGGAUCCGAAGAGCUGGACCUUUGAUUUGAGAUCUGAAAACUACAAAUCUACUGUCCAUGAAUUUAAAGAUGAAGGAAAGCAGGACUGCUGGUGCAUGUACAAUGCUCGGUGCUGACUGAUGGAUUUUCUUAAUUUGUUCUAUGUGAAAAAUCUGCUUUCUUUCAAUGGCAUCAAAAGCUACUGCUGGGACUUCCCCAGAAAAGCAGAGAAAAACCAUUGGUAAUCAGACAGCUGAAGGAAAGUACCGCAAGCCCUCAUCUUCGCAGGUUACAAAGACAAGCAAAUCAGAGCCAGUCACCCCCAGAAAACCACCUCAAAAUGCACAAGUUGCAUCAAAACAAGUUUCUGUAGCAACAACAGAGGAACAUAAAUCACUGGUUUUUCAUAAAUCAGACAAUGUCAAUUCUUUAGCUGAUAAGUUAUCUUCAGGUUUGUCCUUUGUUGAUCCAAAACAAGGGACAAUUUCUGUGGGUCCUGAAGUUAGUAAUGCUAGGGAUUCACCAGGAAGUACAGCUGAUCAAGAAAGUAAAAGUUUACGGAAUGAAACUGACCCUAGUUCUGCUAAGGUUAGUGAUGGCAGCCUUGCAAAGACUAGUGGUAGUGCCAAAGUUAGCGAACGAGCUGACUUUGUUGAGAGUGGGAAAAGCAGUGUGAACAGAGGAAGCACAAGCAGUGAUGUCAGUGAUGAGAGUACUUGUAGCAGUUUAAGCAGCAGUGUUAACAAACCUCACAAAGCCAAUGAUAUCCGAUGGGAAGCUAUACAGGCUGUACGUGCAAAAGAUGGGGUACUGGGUGUGAACCAUUUCAGAUUGCUAAAGAGGUUGGGCUGUGGGGAUAUUGGAAGCGUUUAUCUUUCAGAAUUGAGUGGAACAAAGUGUUACUUUGCAAUGAAGGUUAUGGACAAAGCAUCUUUAGCGAGUCGUAAGAAACUUCUUCGAGCUCAAACAGAGAGAGAAAUACUGCAGUGUUUGGACCAUCCUUUCCUUCCAACUUUAUAUACCCAUUUUGAGACUGACAAAUUCUCAUGUUUAGUCAUGGAGUUUUGCCCUGGUGGGGACUUGCACACUCUUCGACAAAGGCAGCCAGGAAAGCAUUUUUCUGAGCGGGCAGUAAAGUUCUACGUAGCCGAGGUUCUUCUUUCACUGGAAUAUCUCCAUAUGCUUGGAAUUGUCUACCGUGACCUCAAGCCAGAAAAUGUUCUCGUCCGUGAAGAUGGACACAUAAUGCUUUCUGAUUUUGACCUUUCCCUCCGAUGUGCAGUGAGCCCAACAUUAGUUAAGUCUUCAGCUCCUGAAGGCGAGCACUUGAGAAAGAACCCAGCUUACUGUGUUCAACCAGCCUGUAUUGAGCCAUCUUGUAUCCAGCCUUCAUGCGUUGUCCCCACCACAUGUUUUUCCCCUCGACUCUUUCUAAGCAAAUCCAGGAAAGAGAGAAAGCCCAAGAAUGAAAUGGGAAACCAGGUCACCCCUUUGCCAGAGCUUAUUGCAGAGCCAACUGAUGCACGUUCCAUGUCCUUUGUAGGGACACAUGAAUACCUGGCCCCUGAAAUUAUCAAGGGUGAAGGACAUGGAAGUGCUGUAGAUUGGUGGACUUUUGGCAUCUUUCUGUACGAGUUACUGUUUGGUAAAACUCCUUUCAAGGGAUCUGGGAACCGGGCCACCUUGUUCAAUGUUGUGGGUCAGCCAUUGCGAUUCCCUGAGUCACCAGUUGUCAGUUUCUCAGCAAGGGACCUGAUUAGGGGGUUGCUAGUGAAAGAGCCACAGCAUAGGUUGGCUUAUAAACGAGGAGCUACAGAGAUCAAACAACAUCCCUUCUUUGAAGGUGUAAAUUGGGCAUUAAUUCGUUGCGCCAGUCCACCAGAGAUUCCAAGGCCACCUGAGAUAGAGCAGAUUCCAGCCCCACCAUCAACGAGCGGUAAAGGUGCAGCUGCUGCUGUUCCUCCUGAGCAGCAUAAUUAUCUGGAAUUUGAUUUCUUUUAGUUGUCCUUUAAACUUAUUUUUCUAUUUGUUUUUUGUUUUGUCCACGCACUUCUUGCACUUGCAGCCAAUAUGUAGAGUCUGUAGAACAUUGAAGUUGUGGAAAUUAGGGUUUUUUUUUUUUUUUUUGAAGUGAUAAUAGCCAUAUGUUCAAUGUUGUUAUUAAAAGAUUUUCAUAUUUGUAUUGAAGGAAGUUGAAUAUCUGAAAUUGUGAAUGCACUCAAUGUACAACAUGGAUUUGGUU